AUGGCUGGAACUGGGAAAUCCACAAUUUCUCGGACGGUGGCAAAGUCACUAAAGGAUACCAACCAUCUAGGGGCGAACUUUUUCUUUAAAAGGGGUGAAGGGGACCGAGGGAACGCUAAGAAGUUCUUCCCGACAAUUAUAAAACAACUGAUGCUUAGGAAAUCCGAACUAUGCUCUAGUGUGCAUAAGGCACUCCGUGAUGACACGACUAUGAUUAGGAUAUACAAAAUAUCCAGGCCGGAACUCCCAAUUCGCCUUAGCUUCUCAAAGAUCUCGAAUCGUGAUUAUCAGGACCUAGCACUCCAUGAGGUCUCUGAAAAAGUGACAGAACGCGAUAUACGACCGAUUCAUGAGAAUCAGACACGACAGAAAUAUUUCUCGCGAUUAGCCUGGCGAAGACGUUAUACAAGAAUUGGUAUCAAUGUCGGUUCCGCUCUUUAUUUCUGCUGCCACUAUAUACCGAUUCAUCGAAAAUCCGAGAUAGGAACCCGUAUCACGCCUUGCAAAGCUCCUAAAAGAUUAAGCGAAAUAUGCGACGAAAAUAGAAAAGACGAUAGUGAUGAGUUAGAGCAACAGCAGCUCUUGCAUGAGUUCCAGGAAAUUGUUGGAGUCAUUAUACUCCUUGCAGCGCCACUUUCGAUAAAUGCACUGUCGCUUUUCAUUGGGAUUCGGGCGGACCAAAUCAGCAACCGAUUGGAUUCAUUCCGGUCUGUUCUCAGUGUCCCCACUAACCAAGAUCUGCCGAUAAGGAUUCUACAUCUGUCAUUUCGAAACUUCUUGGUCCAAACCAACAGCAAAUUUCUGGUAGACGAGAGAAGUAAACACAAAGAUAUUGCUAAGCUCUGCCUCAAAACCAUGCGAAGGCAUCUGCAGAGAAAUAUUUGCAAUUUGAAAAGCACUUGCACGCACAGAGCAGACAUUGAUCCCCAACACCUCCGCCAAUAUUUACCACCAGAACUUGAAUAUUCUUGUCGUUACUGGGCCCACCAUCUCGAAAACAGCAAUAUCUCGCCCUUUGAGUGGGAAGAUAUUCUAUGUUUCCUCCAGGCGCAUUUUCUACACUGGGUGGAAGCAACAAGCCUAUUGGGUUUCGUAUCGGAAGUGGUGGGGAUGCUCAAUGCCAUCAAGGCAGUGUUACCUAGUGAUCAUCACUCUGAUAUAUCUGCUUUUCUUCACGAUGCACAGCGUUUUGUUCUGAAAAAUCGCCAGAUAGCUGACGAAGUACCGCUACAAAUUUAUGACGCAGGACUUACUUUUACACCCCUGAAAGCAAUUAUCCGUCAACAAUUUCACAAAGACCUACCUACUUGGAUAUGCCAAUUUCCACGAGUUAAGGAUAGCUGGAGCGCAGAAUUACAGGUUCUCGAGGGCCAUACAUGGUCGGCUCUGUCGGUAGCAUUCUCGCCGGACGGCCGGCUGCUAGCAUCCAGCUCUGCUGAUAAGACGGUACGCCUGUGGGACCCAGCAACGGGCACGCUCAAACAGACCCUCAAGGCACAUUCAGCUCCGGUUUGGUCGGUAGCUUUUGCGCCUGAUGGCCGCUUGCUAGCGUCCAGCUCAGAUGAUAAGACAUUGUGUCUCUGGGACUCGUCGACGGGCGCACUCCAGACUCUCGAGGGUCAUUCGGCUUCGGUUCGGUCGGUAGCCUUCUCGCCUAAUAGCCGGCUACUGGCAUCUGGCUCUGACAAAAGUUAUGUACGUCUCUGGGACACGACGAUAGGGCCCCACCAGCAGACUCUUGAUGGCCACAGAGGAUUAAUUUGGUCGGUAUCAUUCUCAUCUGACGGCUAUUUGCUAGCGUCUGGCUCUGACGAUCAAACAGUAUGCCUCUGGGACUCGGCGACGGGCGCACUCCAGCGAACUCUUUGUGGACACUCAAACUGGGUUUUCUCGGUAGCCUUUUCGCCUGACGGCCGCCUACUGGCAUCGAGCUCUGCUGAUAAGACGGUGCGCCUCUGGGACAUGGCGACAGGCAUAAUUAAACACAUUCUCAAGGGCCACUCAGAAUGGAUCUGGUCAGUGGCCUUCUCGUCUGACGGUGGGCUACUAGCGUCCGGCUCUGAUGAUCAGACAAUACGCCUCUGGAAUACAACGACGGGCACGCUCCAUCAGACUCUCGAGGGCCAUUCGGCUACGGUUCGGUCGGUAGCCUUCUCGCCUAAUAGCCAGCUACUGGCAUCUGGCUCUGACAAAAGUUAUGUACGUCUCUGGGACACGACGAUAGGGCCCCACCAGCAGACUCUUGAUGGCCAUUCCGAGUGGAUUCAGUCUACAGCGUUCUCGCCCGACGGCCGCCUACUAGCGUCCGGCUCUAAUGAUAAGAGAGUAUGCAUAUGGGACACAGCGACGGGUAUACUCCGGCAAACUCUUAAGGGCCAUUCAGCUUCGGUUUGGUCAGUGGCGUUCUCACCUGAUGGCCGGCUACUAGCGUCCAGCUCUCAAGAUCAAACAGUGCACCUCUGGAACACGACUACAGGUGUGUUUCGGCAGGUUCUUAAGGGCCAUUCAAGUUGGGUUCGGUUAGUGAGAUUCUCGCCCGAUGGCUGUCUAUUAGCGUCUGGUUCUGAAGACCAUACGGUUCGCCUUUGGGACUCGGCGACAGGCGCACUCCAGCAUACCCUCGACGGCCACAUAGAUGCGGUUUUGUCAGUGAGCUUUUCGCUCGACGGCCGGCUACUAGCAUCCGGGUCUCGUGAUCAGACUGUUCGUCUUUGGAACUUGACGACGGGCAUACUGCUGCAUACUCUCCAGGGCCAUUUUGACUUAGUUCGGUCGACAGCUUUCUCGCCCAACAGUCGGCUGCUAGCAUCCAGCUCUGCUGAUAAGACAGUGCGCAUUUGGGAAACGGCGACAGGCGAGCUAAACCAGACUUACAUUACGAACACAGUCAACACUCUUCAAUUCUCCAAUGACGGGCCGUAUAUACACACAGACUUGGGUAUCCUUGAUCUUCAGUCUAAUUGUGACAUUCCAAGGCCUUAUUCGCGUCAUAAAAACGUGGAUAUCUCAAUUGAAGAUCAGAGGUGGAUAACAUUGAAUGGUGAAAAGGUCCUAUGGCUUCCUCCAGAGUCUCGCGCCAGUUCUUCCAAGAGCUAUGGCAAUUUACUUGCCCUAGGACACCCAUCGGGGCAGAUUUCCUUCAUCAAGUUUUGUAUGUAG